AUGUGGAAUAAAGUGCAAGGGUGGUGGAAUAAAAAUUUAUCUCGGGCAGGUAAAGAGAUUCAUGUGAAAGCUGUGAUUCAGGCGAUUCCAACACACAUGAUGAACUGUAUGCGGAUUCCAAAGGUUAUCAGUGAAGAGUUUAAUAGAAUUAUAAGGAAAUUUUGGUGGGGCAAUGCCGAUAAACAUUCUAUUCACUGGAUUGGCUGGGAUGAGAUGUGUUCGGCAAAGGGAGAUGGGGGACUGGGCUUCAAAGAUCUAGAUCUUUUCAACUUGGCCUACUUGCCAAACAGGGAUGGCGAUUGUUACAAAAUUCAUCAUUUCUUGGUGCGCGAGUCCUUAAAGGGAAAUAUUAUCCUACAGGGUCUUUUAUGA